AUGAUGUAUCUUCCUCAAGCUUCACUUCUAUUCCUAAAUACAUUUCUUUUUAUUUGUGGAGAAGUCAUCCAAGGUAACUGUGUACAUCAUUCUACGGAUUCUUCUGUAAUCAACACCAUAGAAGACGUCUCUAAUGCAAAAGAUGAGAGUAAAAGUAAUGAUACUGUUUAUAAGGAAGACUGUGAGGAGUCAUGUGAUGUUAAAAUUACACGAGAAGAAAAACAUUUCAUGUGUAGAAAUUUGCAAAAUUCUAUUGUUUCCUACACACGAAGUACCAAAAAACUACUAAGAAACAUGAUGGAUGAGCAACAAACUUCCUUGGAUUAUUUAUCCAGUCAGGUUAACGAGCUCAUGAAUCGGGUUCUCCUUCUGACCACCGAGGUUCUCAGGAAACAGCUGGACCCUCUUCCUCACAGGCCAGUCCAGUCACAUGGUUUAGAUUGUACCGAAAUUAAAGAAACCAUUGGCUCUGUCACCAAAACACCAAGUGGUUUAUAUAUAAUCUACCCGGAAGGAUCUAGUUACCCAUUUGAGGUGAUGUGUGACAUGGAUUAUAGAGGAGGUGGAUGGACUGUGAUACAGAAAAGGGUUGACGGGGUCACUGAUUUCCAGAGGCUGUGGUGUGAUUAUCUGGAUGGAUUUGGCGACCUUUUAGGCGAAUUUUGGCUAGGACUAAAAAAGAUUUUUUAUAUAGUAAAUCAGAAAAACGCCAGUUUUAUGCUGCACAUUGCAUUGGAAUCAGAAGAUGACACAUUUGCUUAUGCAUCAUAUGAUAACUUUUGGUUAGAAGAUGAAACAAGAUUUUUUAAGAUGCACUUAGGACGGUAUUCAGGAAAUGCUGGUGAUGGAUUCCGGGGCUUCAGAAAAGAAGAUGACCAAAAUACAAUGCCUUUCAGCACAUCAGAUGUCGAUAAUGACGGAUGUCACCCUGUGUGCCUGGUUGGUGGUCGGUCUGUGAAAAGCUGUAGUCGCUUCAGCAACAACACUGGCUGGUGGUUCAGCCAGUGUGGUUUGGCAAAUCUAAAUGGCAUUCAUCGCUUCCCUGGAAAAUUGGUCUCAACCGGAAUUCAGUGGGGCACGUGGACCAAAAACAACUCCCCUGUCAGGAUUAAAUCUGUUUCAAUGAAAAUUAGAAGAACAUACAAUCCAUACUUUAAGUAAUCUCCUUCAAAAUUGUAAUGUGUGUUGCAUAGGUUUUUUGAUAAUAUAUAAAAGAUUUUCUAUAGUUUUUCUUUUUACUGUUUCAAACAUUUUAGCCAAAAUUUAACUCUAUAUGGCAUCUAGGUGUUAAGAGUCUAAUUUGAAAUCCUUAAUUUUACGGUUUUAUAGAAAAAAACAUGGCUCGGUGUAUGUUCUUACUACAAAUGACAUUAACAUGUAAUAAAGUUUGUUUUAAGUGAACGGCA